AUGCAAGUGUCGCUAGAGCUGAGGGUUUUCAGUUGGCCAAAUGUCUCUCUGUUUUUUGAUCUCAUCGCCAUUGGGAGUGCAUAUCACUAUUCUUACUUAUAUGUUGGAGAAGGUGUUGCUUGGUUGAUUGGUUGGUCCCUGAUUCUUGAAUACACACUUGGUGGAGCAACUGUAGCCCGUGGCAUAUCCACAAAUAUGGCUGUGUUUUUUGGAGGUCCAGAUAAGCUUUCUGCUUUCUUAACUCGACCCACCAUUCUUGGAAUUAUAGUUGAUCCUUGUGCUGCUGUUUUAGUCUUCAUUAUAACUGUACUACUUUGCACUGGAAUCAAAGAGAGUUCAUUGGCUCAAGGCAUAAUCACAAUAAUAAACGUUGUAGCCUUGCUUUUCAUCAUAGUAGUUGGUGGACACAUAGGUUUCAAGACUCGAUGGGUGGAUAUAAAGUUCCAGGCGGGUAUUUCCCGUUUUUUCUCAUAUGAUGGUUUUGAUGCAGUAACCAGCACAGCCGAAGAGGUGAAGAAUCCUCAGAGAGAUGUAUCUGCUGUUUUAUGGAAUGAAUGGAGCAAUCAUUUUGAAGAUUUGGUGAUUGGGCAAUUUCAUGACCAUGCAGUUACUAUUUUGACACUUUGUAAAGGUUAUAUUAAAGGUGCAGAAGUAGGAUGUUGUGUUAACACGGGUGAGAAAGGUGCAAAUGGUUUGGGGAAGAAUGUUGAUAGGUACAUGAGGAAACUUGUUCGGGCAUUUACAAAAAUAGGAGUUAAAAAUGUCAAAAUUUUUGCCUCGUAACUCGAUAUAUACGUGGCAUUUUUAGUAUCAAAGAGAAGCCAUCGCACAUCAGUACUUAACUACUUAUCUGAUUAUAC